AUAUUUUAUGAUAUUUUUCAUAUUUCUGCAUCUCGCUCCCAUGUGAAGCAGAAGUAAGAAACUGGAGAUGAAAUUCAAGUCACCGACGAUCUUCUUCUUCCUUCUCUCUUUUUCCGCCGCCGUGUCCUCAACCGCCGACCGGUGCGCCGCCGAAUUCCGGCCGGACCGACGGAAUUUAAGAUCCGAUCAAAUCACGGUCCUCAUCAACGGCUAUUACGAGUCCCGCAUCCCCCUCCUCCAAUCAAUAGCCUCCACGUACGCCGCAUCCCCAUUCGUACGCGCCGUGCUCGUUCUUUGGGGAAAUCCCUCAACCCCAAGAGAAACCCUGACUCAAUUGGCUCGAAACCUCACCGCCGGACCAAUUUCCCUAAUUCGCCAAUCUUCAAACAGUCUCAACGCUCGAUUUCUCCCCCGCAGGUCCAUCGAAACCGGCGCCGUUUUGAUCUGCGACGACGAUGUCGAAAUCGACACGAAAUCGCUCGAAUUCGCGUUCAGAAUUUGGGGGAGAAACCCCGAACGACUUGUCGGCUUCUUCGUCCGGUCGCACGAUAUAGACCUCUCGAAGAGGGAAUGGAUCUACACCGUUCAUCCAGACAAGUACUCGAUCGUGCUCACCAAGCUCAUGAUCCUGAAAACAGAGUAUCUGUUCGAGUACAGCUGCGGCGGCGGAGAGGCGAUGGCCGACAUGAGGAGAGUUGUCGAUCGGGCGCGUAAUUGCGAGGAUAUCUUGAUGAAUUUCGUGGUGGCCGACAUGUCGAACGCCGGGCCUAUACUGGUUGCGGCGCAGAGGAUCAGGGAUUGGGGGGAUCCACGGAAUGAUGAUGGCCACGAACGGCUGGGAUUGACUGAGGUGGGGCUGAGUAAUAGGAAAGGGCAGCAUAGGAAGAGAAGGGGACGGUGCAUAACGGAGUUUCAUAGACUGUUGGGGAGGAUGCCGUUACGGUAUAGUUACGGAAAGUUCGUUAAUUCAGUUGGCGAGCAAGGUCUAUGUAGAAAAGGAGGGAAAUUGGUCCCCUGUGAUCAAAAUAUCUGAAAAUAAAUUAAUUAUUGUACAUAUAUAUUUAGAGUAUAUAACUUUUUUUUUAUCA